AUGUCAACGGACAGAGCUUGUAUGUUAUGUGGACUGGUGCAAUCGACUGCUGAAUUCAAUAGGAAUGGGUGCCCGAACUGUCAAUCGAUCUUUGAAGAGGCAGGUGUUUCGGCUGUUGAAUGUACUUCCCCAUCUUUUGAAGGUUUGGUUGGUAUGUGUAAACCUAGCAGGUCGUGGGUAGCGAGAUGGAUGAGUAUUGACAGUUAUAUUCCAGGAAUGUACGCUGUCAAAAUUGAUGGUCGUUUACCAAUAGAGGUAACGGAACUUUUGCCUCACUAUAAACCGAGAGAUGGAAGUCAAGUUGAUUAA